UGCUGUAAGUAUUGUCAUGUAAAUUCACAGAUACAGCAAUGUGAAUGAAAGUCAGCAGGUAAACCUAGCAGAGGAUCUGUGUGGCAGUUUCGUCGGUGGCCGCAGCUGAACACGGAAACGGCAGGAGAGGCUCCAGCUUCCCCAUAAGAGAAAGAUGUCUGAGUAUGAUCUUAAGAGAACCAUCCUCGAUCCGUCCAUCCCUUAUGUGGGUACAAUCCUUGGAGGCCUGGAACCUGGGACUAUGGUAGUAAUCCAUGGAACUGUCCCUAAUGAUGCAGACAGGUUCCAGAUAGACUUCCAGUGUGGGAGCAGCACAAGCCCACGUAGUGAUGUGGCUUUACACUUCAACCCACGGUUUAAAGGCUGGAACUGGGGCCAGAUCAUCUGUAAUACCUUACAGAAUGGAAGCUGGGGCUGGGAAGAAAAAACAUACCCCAUGCCUAUCGCACCGGGGAAGCCAUUUGAAGUUAUAUUUCUUGUUUUACCUCAUAAAUUCCAGGUUUCUUCAAAUGGGAAAUUCUUGCUUUCAUACAAACACAGGAUUAACCUGGAUAAAAUUGAUACACUUGGCAUAUAUGGACAAGUGAAAAUUAAUACAAUUGGCUUUGUAUCUGAAACACUACAGCAGAGUACACCACCCAUUUCCCUUGCUGCCAGCCUCUUGGAUGGCUGUCUGAAAGUGCCUUGCACGCAAAGUCUGUCCAAUGCUCUUGGUCCUGGAAGAACUGUGCUUGUAAAGGGAGAAGUAAAUAAAAAUGCAAAAAGCUUUGCUAUAGAUCUAAAACCAAGUGGUUCGAGAACCAUUGCUUUGCACUUGAACCCACGUAUGAAGGAGAAAGUGUUUGUAAGAAACUCUUACCUGUAUGACAGCUGGGGAGACGAGGAAAGGCAGCUGCAAGAAUUCCCAUUUUUUCCUGACCUGUAUUUUGAGCUCCUCAUAUACUGCGAAACUCAUCAAUAUAAAGUUGCAGUGAAUGGACAUCAUGUGCUGGAUUAUAGGCACCGAUUCAAAGAUCUGAGUAUGAUCAAUGAGGUCUCAGUUCAUGGAGAUGUACAAGUGUAUGAAAUCCGGGCCUGGUAGAAAAUAUUAUGCCAGAUGCGCAAAUAUGACUGGUCGGGUGAUUUCCUUAAGAUUAUGGAAUAUAUUUCACAAAUAUAAUGACCAUUACUGAGGCAUUACUUCUGUAAUGACUUAAAUUGGCUUCCUAAUUUUUUUUUGAAGCGGAAAGAUAAUAUGCGUUACUAAUUUUGUCAUGGCUUUGCACUAAAAUAUAUUCAUAUUGUAUUCAAUGUAAACGUCUCUUACUCCAACGGUUGGCCUCACUAACUAGUGGAGAGCGUGGGCUAGAGUCGGUGACCAUGGAAGCUGCUGCCGCUUUGCAUAAGAGUCCCAGGUUUUAGCGAUUUGGGGUGCUUUACAGGAGGUCAGGACCAACAUGCAGGCACAUCAGGGCAUUUGUCAAAUGUAAGUGGCAAUUUGCUUUGCUUUUUUUUUAAGUUCAUGUUUCCGUUGAUAUUGUUGUUUAACUUACAAAAAUUAUGAAAAAAAAAAAAUGUAAGAAGACGCCAGAUAAUUUGUGAAUCUUCCAUUGUAGUUCACAAACCCCUAUAAUGACCUGCCUAAUUUGAAGAUCUACAGCGCCCUUUUGCUUGUGUUAGAGCACAUAUUUCAAACAUAGGGCACGUGGGCUGAAUCUGGUGAACCAAGCCUUGUGGUGUGGCCCUCACACCCAUUUUUGCAGCUGGAACGUGGCGCACUCUGCUCCCGCUCCCCACUGUCACUUGUAGACACAGAAGCCUUCUGUGUUUACGAGGGACAGCUUUGCUCAGGUCCCUGCACACACUCGCAGUAGAGACAGAUCUUCAGAGAGAGAGUAAUCUCCCUAACAAGAUGCGUCACCUACACAGGGAGGUACUAGAGCUAGGUCAGGUAGAAGAGAGAGAUGCAGGGAAGAUUUGGAGGGGUGUUAGGGUUGCACACCCUGCACUCUGUACACAACUUACACCUGAACUCUGCAUUCUUUGUGUAGAACACUCCCAAACCCUGCAUUCUAUACAGAGCGCAACCCUGAACGAUAUACUCUGUAUGUAGGGCACCCCUAAACCCUGCAUUCUGUACGUAACGCACUCCUGAACUCUGGACGCUGCACAUAAUACACUCCAGAGAAAGAUAUGCGAUAUAUAUUGGAUAGAUAUAUAUGAAAUGUAUAGAUAUGUUUUAUACUGGUUAUCAUUACACUUAAACUUGUCCAUUGCUGAGUGAGGACAAUACCUCUGACACAUAGAUUUAGAACAGUUAUUCUACAGUUCUUCAAAUGAACUUAU